UUGUGGGUGAGUACUCCAGAUGUCCCUUUGGUUCUUACCUCGCGCCUUCCCCAGUGUAGUGUAAGACGUCAUCUAGCACACCAGCCACAUUCGCGGCUAUGUCAACGAGCAGCCAGUUCCCUUCAACCUAUUACUACGCGGGCGCAUGUUGUAAAAGAUGGAUAUUAUUUACAGUGAGAAGGAGACGGUUUUCAGCAGCUUUCGAUUCUUAUUGUUGCAUCACACGAAUUCGCGGUGUUGCAAGAAUUACACUGACAUUUGUAUCAGAGCAUCUGAUCUCUCCAACAUUUAGCGUUCGCCCUAACCAACACAAUGAGCCCUCACGCUGAGUUCCCCACCAGCUCGCCUGGAAACCCAACACCGGCUGUUCAGAGAGCUUUUGGUGGCUUCACAAACGGUCUGGAUGAGAGCGAUUUUCCCGCAUUCGAAAACCGGUCGAAUCUGCGUUAUACACCGGAAGAUGAGCUGCACGACUUGAUUUGUGUCGGAUUCGGACCUGCAUCUCUGGCCAUCGCUGUUGCUAUUCACGAUGCACUCGAAGGUACAGAUCCAUCGCUCUCUGAUAUCCCUGGUUUGGAGAGCAGGGCACCAAAGGUCGCGUUCUUGGAGAAGCAAUCACAGUUCGCAUGGCACGCAGGCAUGCUGUUGCCUGGUGCAAAGAUGCAGAUUACAUUCAUGAAAGAUAUGGCUACCAUGAGGAAUCCACGCAGCGAGUUUACAUUCAUCAACUAUCUUCACCAGAAGAACCGUUUGGUUGAGUUCGCCAACUUGAACACCUUCCUUCCCGCACGCGUCGAGUACGAGGACUACAUGAAGUGGUGCGCAAGCUGGUUCGAAGAGGUUGUUUCGUAUUCUCAGGAGGUCAUUGCGGUUAAUCCUCAGAAGUCGGCCAGCGGCGAGAUCUCCACCUUCGAGGUUGUAUCGAAGAAUCACUUGACCGGUCAGGUCGAGACACGGAGAACGAAGCACGUCGUCAUCGCUGCUGGUGGAAGACCAAACAUCACCGCACCUUUCCCCCAGGACCACCCCAAGGUUGUUCACUCCUCGAAGUUCUCAUAUAUCUCAAAACAGAUCCUCAACGACCACCAAGCGCCCUACAAAGUUGCAGUUGUCGGUAACGGACAAAGUGCCGCUGAGAUCUUUGACUUCUUACACGCGAACUACCCCAACUCUGAGACGCGACUUUUGAUCAAGGGUGGAGCGCUGCGACCCAGUGACGAUUCGCCAUUCGUUAACGAAAUCUUUAACCCCUCGCGCACCGAAGUAACUUACAACCGCGACCCGACUCUGCGCGCGCAGACUCUCACCGAGGACAAGGGCACCAACUAUGGCGUUGUACGCAUCAACCUUCUCGAACAUAUUUACGAGACGCUUUAUCUGCAGCGCUUGAAGUACGGCAACUCGCGCGAAGCUGAGGAGCAAUGGCCACACAACAUCCUACCUUACCGUAGAGUAACGGCUGUCGAAGACAGCCCGGUGGUCAAGGACGGAAUCCGCUUGCAUGUCCGUGACCAAAGCCCGCUGUACUUCAGCGAGGCGCCUGGCGCAGGCGAGCAGAAGCAAAUCCUGGAUGUUGAUGCUGUGUUCGUUGCUACUGGAUAUCUCAGGAACUUGCACGAGACACUGCUCAAGGAUGCUCGGCACCUCAUGCCUGGCGGUGACCUGAAAGACGCGAAGUGGACGGUGCAGAGAGAUUACAAGAUCAACUUUGCGAACAAGGCUGUCAGCGACGACGCAGGCGUCUGGCUGCAAGGCUGCUGCGAGACCACACACGGUUUGAGCGAUACCCUUCUAUCUGUGCUUGCCUGCCGUGGUGGAGAAAUGGCCAGGGCCAUCUUUGAGAAGGCGCCUAAGUGGGAGAACACUGACGUCCUCGGUGGAUUUCAGGCUCCCAGACUCUAAGCCACAUGCUGAGAGUAUCUUCGGAGUCGCGGCGUCUGGGACAGCGAGGCCUCUUUAUUAGAUUCUGUCUGCCGUUGCGAUUGGCAGCAUUUUUUGUAGCGAUUGCGUUAUCUGGAAUGGACAUUCUUCACCCACUUCUGCGCAUGAGGUGUGCGAAUGCUGUCGACUGAACCAGGAUCAGCCAUGCAACCCACACGUCAUUCCCCUCGUAUCUCUUACAGUUCCGCCAAUGGCUAGUUUGCAGCGGCUUUGCGCCCCC